UAUUUUUGUUGUGUUCUAAAUUGCCAUAAACGAUGCCAUAAUAACGGACCGUUUAAAAAUUGAAUGUAAAGCUGUCAACAACCAAAAUUUGACAGGCAGAAAUAUUGAUGGCUCUUCACAAAUGUUUACAAACAAACGAUAUUUGCCGUCCUCGCGUAGAAAUGGCCAGUUUUGUGCGUGUAAUUGAUAAAAUUUGUAGACUCUGCUUAUCGGAAAAUGAAGCAAUUCUACUGCCAACAUCACAGGUCAUCGAUUCAACACUGACCGUCGAUGAUAUUGAGCGAUGUACCGGCGUACGGGUGGAAGAGGAACACGUAACGUACGUGAUUUGUGAACCGUGCCACAAAAAGCUGCAAAAAUUUACCGCCUACCGUUACUUCUGCUUAAGCAAUGACGAGCGCUUCCGGGAACUGUUUUCAGCGCUGUGCGCAAGUGAGCGAGAUUCGGAGGCUAAACUACCCAGCGCGACGUUCGAACACAGCUACUUCCGAAUGGACGAUGACAGUGAGUACGUAAUUACCUACGCCAAACCCACGGAUGAUGGUUAUGAAGAAGCAAUCGAGGCGUUUGGGCUCGAUGAACAUCGAGAGCCGGAAGAGCAUGUUGAAAUACUCGAACCAACGGAGCAGCAGAUCAGCGACGAGGGAUGGAACUGGUGGUCCGCCACUACACCACCAUUACCGUCUGAAGCCGAACUUUCCACAGAGGAGCUGGAAGAGAUUAAGCCUCCGGAGAAACCAAAGAAACCACGGAAACCGUACGUGCGACGGGCGACGGUAGGUAAGGAGCAGGAUAGUUCGGUGAAAAAACCACGGGUGUAUAAGAAGCGACCAAAUCGAAACAAGCUGCCCAAGAAGCUGUGCACGGUGUGUGGUAAGUUUGUGGCCAACUUGAACCAUCACCUCCUAUCGCACACUAACGAGCGAAGGUUCGCCUGCACAUACUGUCCGGGGACGUUCAGUCGCAGCUCGUUAUUGAAGGUGCACGUAGAAGCGGUACAUCUGAAGAAGACGGCCAAGACCUGCGAGCUGUGCGAUAGGAGCUUUACGCACAAAUCCAGCUACACGAUCCACAUGCGAGCUGCACAUAAUAUUGGCGAUUGGUACGAAUGCAAGCUUUGCGAUCUGAAAUUUCGCCAUCCGGGAAGCUUGCGGGACCACAACAAUCGCAAGCACAAUGUGGCGAGCAACUGCGAAUGCACAAUCUGCGGCAUGAUGUUUGAGGAUAGCUACGGAUUGAAGAAACAUGGCCGAGUGCACUCGAACGAGCAACCGUUUGCGUGUCGCUACUGUCCGAAGCGUUUCAAGAGCCCGAACGCGCACCGGGCACACGAGCUGAUCCACCAGGGUGUCGUGUUCACGUGUGAGUACUGUAAGAAAACCUAUCGGUACAAAUCGCUGCUCAAUAUGCAUGUGAAAAAAGAGCACAAGAAGCAGGUGGCCGAAAGCGAAACAAAAAAUGAUUAGAUUCAUUUAGGCAGAAAAGAGCAGGAAGAAACGACACAAGCAGGGAAAGAGUGGUAAAGGGACGCAGCUACACCCUGUUAAAUGUCCUCUGCGGCUAGUAGCUUUCAAAGGAGGUUAUGAUAAAACGCAUCAGCUAAUUAUUGAACGGUGGAAAUAGAAUGCAUGUGAUAUUUCUAAUUCAAGGCUUCAGUGCUAUAUCACUUUCCCGAUGUCUCCAUCAGCAGGAAUGCAAAACCACGCGCCAAUUCUUCCGCCAUAUUAGACCAAGACCAUGAGAGUAAUUUUAAUAGGAUAACUAAUAAGGAGAUUUGAAUAAAAAUAUCGCCUACAUAAAG